AUGAAAUACUUUCCAAAAACAUUCUUCAUGCUGGCAACCCUAACCGCAACUCAGUCCCAACAGGUCGCCAACAACUACUGUGACCGCCAGCUGUGUCCUCAGGGUGGUCCUCACGUCGCCUGUAACGGGUUGACGCGACCGGCAGCUUCUUGUGGACCCGAUGCUCGGGAAAUGCCAAUGGACGAGUCCAAGCGAUCGCUCAUCGUAGAUCUGCACAACCGCCUCCGUAGCAAAGUCGCAACGGGAAAGCAGAGCAACGGCUCGGGGACACUUUACCCGGAAGCCUCCAGGAUGGCAACACUGCAAUGGGACGCAGAGUUGGCCGGCAUUGCAGCGGCAAAUGCCAGGAGGUGUGUUUUCGGCCACGACAGGUGUCGGAAUACGAUAAGCUUUCCGUACGCCGGACAAAACAUUGCGCAGCGGUCGUACCAGGGCGUGGCGAUUACCGAUGACGUUUUGAUGGAGCAGUUCAUCAAUGACUGGUUUUCGGAGGCAACAGUUGCGAACCGCAACUUCAUCGCGAAGUAUCCGAGUAGAUAUAGUGGUCCGGACAUUGGCCACUUCACACAGAUUGUUUCCGAUAGGACCACUCGGGUUGGGUGCUCGUUGGUCAACUACAGGCAGGGCAGAUGGAACGUCCAGUACUUUGUGUGCAAUUACGCUUUGACCAACAUGAUCAACCAGCCGGUCUACGUGUCCGGGAAGGCCUGCUCCAGAUGUACUACCGGUUGUAACGCUGAAUAUCCAGGAUUGUGUAGUACACGAGAAGCAAUCAGUGCCAAGCCUUAA